GAAAGAGAAGAGCAAGAAAAGAAGCAAAAAGAAGAGCAAGAAAAGAAGCAGAAGGAAGAUCAAGAAAAGCAGAAGGAAGAGCAAGAAAAGCAUCGGAGAGAAGAGCAAGAAAAAACUGUAGAACACACUUCUGUAAAGGAAGCAGACAAAACCAGCCGUACAGGACGACGUCCGAGUCGAAGUGCCUUGUCCAGUCGUAAUGAUCGAAGAUCAGCCAAAAGUCCUCAAAAGACAGAUGCACCAAAGGAGAAUAAACACCCAUUUGCCCUGUAUGGGUGGGGAGAAAGGCAGACAGAUACUGGAAGCCAGAGAACUCACAAUGUCUGCGCUUCUGCUUCAGCAAAUGAAAUCCAUGAAUCUGCUCUGCGAGCCAAGAACAGGAGACAAGUGGAGAAGAGGAAGCUCUCUCAGAGGCGGGUGCGCUCAGCGGCAGAAGCAGAGAAGGGCUGGCGGAUAAAGCCCUCCCCGCCAGACAACCCCUGGAUGACAGAGUACAUGAGGUGCUACUCGGCCAGAGCCCGCUGAAUUUGCCUUCCCUUCGGCGUCUUCAAAAGCAGUCACGCAUAUCAGGACACUGGUGCAAGGAACCAAACUACUUAUGCAAGGUUUUUAUAGGGAGUUUCCAGCUGUUAAAAUAUUUAUAACGAUAUUUUUAUCUUGGCUACCUACCUCACAGUGGGGUGUAUUGUUGGAGCCAUAACAUUUGAAGAGGCUUUGAAAUAUAACUACCCAAACUUUUAAACAAUUCCCCUUUUGGGAGUCUUUCUAUUGCUUCAGUUGACUUGUUUUGGGGUGGGAGGGGGGAAACUUAGCAGGCAGGGAGACCAAGCAAACACUUUUUUGAUCUUGGUUACAAAUAAUCUGUUGUCCCUUAUUUUAAAAGUCCAAGUCAUGGGGAGGUGGUGUUGGGGAAAGGCUUUAAAGGUGUGACGGAGGUGCCUUUGCAUUUAUAGUACUAUUUGAUUUAAAACUUUUACCAAAAUAAGGAUAUUAAGACAGGCAACAGGAAAGCCAGUGGGUCUGGCACACAGCACUAAUAAAUGUAGAUGCUCUAGGCAAACAAAUACCAAGUAUAGCUUGUAUAUAGAAACUUUCAAAAAACCUUGUUUGAUUAGUGAAUCUGCUGAUGUGAACUUCUAUUGCUGUUUCUAAGGUCAUUGGAACAAACUACAAAUUUUCAGGGCAAGAAGCAGCCACAGGAUUGUUUUGCUGUUGCUGUGCCUGUUGUACCAAAUAACUGAUGUAGACAAUCAUCUGAGAGCUGCUGCUCGAUGAGCAGCCGCUGGUUCUACCAGUAUCAAGUUGUGCCACUGUAUUGAGCUUGUGUUCGCACUUACUUCACGCUUCAUCGUGUAAAUGCCAGUUUAUUGAAGGAGAGGGCUGGCUCCUGUCUAGUGAAGUCUAUUUUUAACACUUAAGAAUAUCUAUUAUACUCAGUGGGGGUCAGAGUGCAAUAUGCAUUCCGUUUGGUGGUAUUGUACAAGUAUACUAUAUAAAGUUUUUAAACUUGAAAAUCGUGUUGAUAAAACUUGUAGAUGAAGUCCUGAGAUGCUUUCUCCCUCUCCAAAUUGGUGCAGGACCCCUCGCUAUAGGGGAGUGAGGGUUAGGGGAAGAGGGAGAGGUGCACCUUUUAGUAAACAAGAGUAUAUCAUGGGGUCUGAGCACUCUCACACAGUAAGACAGUUGUUUGUGAGAUCCUCAGUGGUGUGGUGGUGUGGUUUUUUUUUCCCCUCCUCAAGCUGCUGUAAAUUAUUUUUUUUUCAAAUUUGGUAACUAAGCUUUAGGCAGAUUAUUGCUGUAGUUGUGAGCUUCGAAGUUUUGUUCAGAUGUGUUGUGUGUUAGUUACAUAUGUUGGUUAUCUCAGUUUCAUUGUUUGGAAGCUUGUGUUUUACAGAGGGGAUACUUUCUCCCGGGAAGCACACUCGCACUGCUGCAGCAGACACCUGCACGAGGCUCAGCUGCACUCCACAGCCUCCCUGAGUAAGCAGGGCUCCAGAAUUACUACUGCAACACACACAGUUACAGGCUCAGUGAAGAGUUUGGUUGUGUUACUGACAGAAAGUAAUCAUGCCAAGGGACCAAACACUGCUGCCUCCUAGAGUUAAUUACAUUGCAUCAGUAAAGGUUUCAUUAAUCUCACAUUUAAUCUUGCUAAAAUGUCCUGAAAUCUACGAAAUUAUAAUCUGAUUUUUUACCUGCCUUUUAAGCAGGAAGCUAUAAAAAUACAGACGCUCUUGUUCAGGCUACCUAUUAGAGUUGUUACAGCUUUUAAGUCAGGGAAUGUAUGUAAAGUAUGAUUAAGUAUGUUACACACAGCAAAAUUAUUGUAUUCCAACUUUUAAGUAAACCCAGGUUAGAACUUCUGUUUGUUUUAAACAGUGCCCAAAACUGAGUGAAACUAUUCCAGAGAAUGCCUUUAUUUCGUAUGAGACUCCUGUAACUUCCUUUUGUGCUCUGUUUUCCUCUUUAAGUAGCUGCUGUAAAUAUGUUUAAGUUGCUUCUGCUGCUGUCGCAAUUCAGAAAUCCGCUGUAGCUUUGAACAGCAGUAUCAAAGCAGCAGCUCAGUCGUGUUUCACAGCCUUAUUCUGUACAAACCCCGCCUGUUCCUGUGGCCCAGAACAGCGCGUACACCUCUGCCUCUGUGGGCUCUGUGCCACUGCUGCAGAGGGACUGUGCCCUCGGCGCGUUUCCUUGAUGGUGCAGGGCAGGACUCAUCUUGGUGUCCUUUCAAAGGCAGCUUCUGCUGUUCUCUUCCUGCUGAGAAUGGAGAGGCCAAGAUGACCAUGUGCCUGCCUUAAGGACCCAUUCUGGAUAAAAUUAAUCUCCCAUCAGAUGUUUCCAGUAACUUCUAUAGAAGGCUUUAAUGUCUUCUGCCUCAGAUACCAGGUACCAAAUUUAAAACAUCUCAAACAGACUUGUUCAGGUGAUCUACAGAGCAUGAGACUCUUCAACAGCAUCAAGGUUGCUUUAAACUGAGGAAAUGAUCUAGUUCUUAUCCUUGUCUGGUCAAGAGCUGUUCCCCACCAAAACAAUUUGGUAGAUGUUAAUCAGGUCAUGUUAAGCUUUUUCAAAUGGUCUGCAGCUAAAAAUGCCCCUGGUGCUAUGUAGGUACUAUCUAGGUUUAAGUAGUAAAAUGCCUGAAGUGAGAGGUAAAUGAUUCUGCAGAUCAGGUAGCCUUCCUGCAUUUGGGCAUGAUUUGACUAAAAAAGGCAAGUAGGUUUGCUUUGACAACGUGAAACAGUGUAGUUCUGAGAACUAUAUGCAAAAUGUUUGGCAUGUGCCAGGCUGAAGUCUGGAAAACCCUUAUUUUGGUGUUUUGAUGUUAAUAAAUGAGAAGCCAAUUGACUUGGAAGGUAGAACUUUUCAGGUGUAAAAGUUUUAACUGUAUUCUAUAGAUUCUUACAGGAGGUGGCUGUUUUAUGCAUCAAAUUGGACUCACUGCAAAUGGAAAACUUAGUGAAUGGCACCCUAUGAAUGAAGGCAGUUCUGAACCUUGUUUUGCAUGGACUCUUGAAUUUGGCCAAGUGAUGAACUUGUCUCACUCCUGUUUUAGAAGUAACACUUUGUAAGAACACAGUAAAUACUCAGUUGUCCAAAGUCUUCAUUAGAAUAACUGUUUAUUCUUUUUUUUGUUUCUGAAAGUACUUAGCUAAGUGAAACAAGACUUUUACAAUGUGUAAUGCUGCAAUUUAACUAUAGUGUUGUGGAGACUAGUGUUUACCAUGUAAAAUGUUACACUGCGCCCUGCGUGGGAUGUCCCCGUGCAGGGGAGCAGCAUGCCUGCUCACUCGCUGCUCUCACUUCUUUGCAGCUAUCAAUUACAGAUGUGUUUGGUUUUUUUCACUGGAAGCUGAGAUAGGCAAGCUGGUUAUCUAAACUUACAGCCAAAUUUAACAAAACUGAGACAGACCUGAAUUUUUUGGUGGUGAUUUUAUCCAGGCAGAAAAUGCACAUUUUAAUCAAUUUUUUAACACGUAGGGAAGUGUAGCUGUUCUCAUUUUUUUUAAGGUAUAAUGCAGUGCCACUGAACUAUAAAGGCCUUGCUGAAUUUUAUUAUUUUUUUUAACUGUGAUAGGGACCAAAAGCUAGCAAUCUGAGGGCCUUAGGUGUGGUAACCUGGAUGUCCCAGUUGAUUUUCCAGCUCAGUUCGUGCACUCAGCAGCAAAGCCAUAUAUGGAGCCUGAUUCAACACCUUGACAGCAGAUCCUAUAAAAUUAGGGGUACAAGUAAAGGGGAAGCUGCCUCAGCUGUUGUUAGCACUGAGUUCACUUUAAAAAUUAUAGGGGAAUACCAUCUAAGCUUGAAGCAAUAUGUGUUUUUUAAAGUUUUUAAACAGUAUUUGUUUUUAAUGCUUCUGUAUUGUCUCUAUUUAAUAGUGUAGUGUCAACUUGUAUAUGUGAAUAAAAUGAGUGACACAAAG